AUGAGCGCCUCAUCCAGCCUUGCCCGCAGGGCAGUGGUUCGCAACCCCCUGCUGGGUCAAGCAAGAAACCUAUCCCGAGGUGCCUCGUCAGCUCUCAUCACCAGACAUAUUGCCCGACAGACUCAGAUUCCUGCCUUGGCCCUGUUGGUCCCAUUGCGCCAAUUGGGAACCGAGCCUCAUCGACCGGAUGCGCCGUCUGGACCGCCCCCCGGAUUCAACGCCGAGUUGGCUAAGAAGCCGCUACCCAAGGAUCCCUCGAGCGCUGCCAAAAAGUCCGAUGCGGAGGCAAAUACUAAAGAUGCAUCGGCCAAUGCUGCUGUUCAAUCCGGCAAGGCCGCUGACGACGCCUCAUUAACUGAACUAGCCGCAAAGAAGGACGAGCUCACCGGCCAAAAAGAGCUGGCCAAGAAGAAAGAAGAGGAGGUCAAAUUGACAGUCUGGCAAAAGGUCAAGAAGGAGGCUCAGCAUUACUGGGAUGGAAGCAAGCUUCUUGCUACAGAGGUCCGCAUCAGCUGGCGGUUGGCCCUCAAGAUGGCCGCUGGCUAUGAGCUUACCCGCAGAGAGAACAAGCAGCUUCGACGCACUGUUCAGGAUCUCGGUCGGCUGGUCCCCUUUUCCAUCUUCGUCAUUGUUCCCCUUGGUGAGGCCUUGAUUCCUCUGGCCUUGAAGCUCUUCCCCAACAUGCUCCCCAGCACGUUUGAGGGGCAAAAGUCCAAGGAGGCCAAGGCUAGUCUCUUGCGGUCUACGAGGAAGGAGGUCAGCUCCUUUAUGCGGCAGACACUCAAAGAGACUGGUCUUCCCCUGAGCCAGGCGACUGCGACUGCUCAGAAGGAGGAGUUUGCCAACUUCUUCCGCAAGGUCAGGUCCACCGGCGAGGCGCCCACCGACCAGGACGUCAUCAAGGUUUGCAAGAUCUUCCGGGAUGACAUGACUCUGGACAAUCUGUCACGCCCUCAGCUUGUGUCCAUGUGCCGAUACAUGGGCCUUAACACCUUUGGCACGGAUUCCAUGCUGCGAUACCAGAUCCGUCACCGCAUGCGUCAGAUCAAGCGCGAUGAUAAGGCUAUCGCCUAUGAGGGCGCUGACAGCCUGACCGUCGCGGAGCUGCAGCUGGCAUGUGCCGCUCGCGGCAUCCGCACGCACAGCGUAUCCCCCGCUAGGAUGAGGGCCGACUUGCAGACAUGGCUUGAUUUGCGUCUCAAGGAGGGUGUUCCCUCCACGCUGCUGGUCCUGAGCAAUGCUUACAUGUACGGUCAAGGAUCUGGCGAGGGCUCAAGCCAGAUCGAAGCUCUCGUUGGUGUUCUGUCCUCCAUCCCCGAGGAGCUGUUCCACGAGAUUGAGCUCGAGGUUCACAAUGCCGAGGGUGCCGCCACCAACAAGCAGCGUCUCGAGGUUCUGAAGGAGCAGCAAGAGCUCAUUGAGGAGGAGGAGCAGCAGAACCAGGAGAGCCAGACCACCGGCUUCGCCACUCCUCGUGAUGUCGACGACAUUGACGAGAAGGAAGAGCGACAAAUGACGGCUGCUGAGAGCGGGCUCGAGAAGAAGCCUGCCGGCGAGAUGGUUGACGCUGAGCUGGAGCAGAUCAAAGCCGUCGAGGCCGAGCACAAGGCCGCUGCCAAGGACCAGAAAUAA